AAUGCGUCCUGACGAAUAUAAGCAAGCACAAGCACGAAAAUAUCAAGCAAAAUUACGUUCACGAGGCUCUUCAGAAACUUCUAAAGAGGUACAGGAAAAACGAAAAGAACGUAGUUCAAAAUCACGAGGUGGUUUUCAACAUAAAGGAAAUGAAGAAGCUGCUGAGGAAGUUGAAGAAUAUGGGGAAGAUAAACCAAAGCGACAAAACUUUCAAAGACGAAAGGUCGAAAGUAAUUCUUAUCGAUAUAAAGAUAUUUCUGAUACAGAAGAAACUCGGUCCUUGGAUCCUUCAACGUACUUUCAAUUCAAGGAGGAGAAGGACUGGGAUACUUCAGUUGAGGUUGUGAAUGAAUCAGAUGAGAUAUAUCAAAAUCUGAUGAAUAUCCGUUUCGAUGCAUUAGAAUUAUCAUUGUCUAGCGUAUCAUUAGCCGAGAGAUUGAAUUUAAGCGAUGAUAUUUUUAUGGAAGGACAAGAAAAUGAUUUUGGUUCAAUUUUAGACAUCGCGGUCCCUAUUGUUCCGAAAACAGUAAAGUCAGAUGUUCAAAAAUCCAUGUUAAAAAAUGUUAAAAAUACCGAAACACCACACACUGCUAUAUCGAAUGUGCGAGUUCCGGCUUCGAAAAAAAUAAUAAAACAGACUCAAUUGUCUGCAUCCAAAACUUAUGCGAAUCCUCAGAAACCAAUUUCAACAAUAAAUAAUGAUGAUGAUAUUGAUGAUUUUUUGAAAUCUCUUGAUGACAAAAAUGAUAAACCAACCAAAAUAAAUAGUUCAAAAUUCUCUUUGCUAAAUAAUAAUAGUAGCCCAAAGAAAAAAGUUAUUACUAAUGAAAAGAUGAUGACAUGGAAGAUUGGUUAG